CUGACCUGGAGGAGCAGGCAGAGGAUGAAGAUGAGACGCUACAAGCUCUUUCUCAUGUUCUGUAUGGCCGGCCUGUGCCUCAUCUCCUUCCUGCACUUCUUUAAGACCCUGUCCUACGUCACCUUCCCCAGAGAACUGGCCUCCCUCAGCCCGAACCUCCUGUCCAGCUUCUUCUGGAACAAUGCCCCCGUCACGCCCCAGGCCAGCCCAGAACCGGGGAGCCCCGACCUGCUGCGUACCCCACUCUAUUCCCACUCGCCCCUGCUCCAGCCGCUGUCCCCCAGCAAGGCCGCCGAGGAACUCCACCGCAUGGACUUCGUGCUCCCCGAGGACACCACCGAGUAUUUCGUCCGCACCAAAGCCGGGGGUGUCUGCUUCAAGCCGGGUACCAAGGUGCUGGAGAAGCCCCCGUCGGGGCGGCCAGAGGAGAAGACGGAGGGGGGCGAUGGCUCAUCUGCCCGGGGCCCAGCCCGGCACCUGCUGAGCGCCAGGUACUCCAACCUGCCCACCAAGGAGCGCCUGGUGCCCAGGGAGGUGCCGCGGCGCGUCAUCAACGCCAUCAACGUCAACCACGAGUUCGACCUGCUGGACGUGCGCUUCCACGAGCUGGGCGACGUGGUGGACGCCUUCGUGGUGUGCGAGUCCAACUUCACGGCCUACGGGGAGCCGCGGCCGCUCAAGUUCCGGGAGAUGCUGACCAACGGCACGUUCGAGUACAUCCGGCACAAGGUGCUCUACGUCUUCCUGGACCACUUCCCGCCGGGCGGGCGGCAGGACGGCUGGAUCGCCGACGACUACCUGCGCACCUUCCUCACCCAGGACGGCCUGGCGCGGCUGCGCAACCUGCGGCCCGACGACGUGUUCAUCAUCGACGACGCGGACGAGAUCCCCGCGCGCGACGGCGUGCUCUUCCUCAAGCUCUACGACGGCUGGACCGAGCCCUUCGCCUUCCACAUGCGCAAGUCCCUCUACGGCUUCUUCUGGAAGCAGCCGGGCACCCUGGAGGUGGUGUCGGGCUGCACGGUGGACAUGCUGCGCUCCGUGUACGGGCUGGACGGCAUCCGCCUGCGCCGCCGCCAGUACUACACGAUGCCCGCCUUCCGGCAGUACGAGAACCGCACGGGGCACAUCCUGGUGCAGUGGUCGCUGGGCAGCCCCCUGCACUUCGCCGGCUGGCACUGCUCCUGGUGCUUCACCCCCGAGGGCAUCUACUUCAAGCUCGUGUCGGCCCAGAACGGGGACUUCCCGCGCUGGGGGGACUACGAGGACAAGCGGGACCUCAAUUACAUCCGGAGCCUGAUCCGCACCGGGGGCUGGUUCGACGGCACGCAGCAGGAGUACCCGCCGGCCGACCCCGGCGAGCACAUGUACGCCCCGAAGUACCUGCUGCAGAACUACCACCGGUUCCGCUAUCUGCUGGACAACCCCUACCAGGGGCCCAGGAGCACGGCCGCCGGGGGGCCGCGGGGCAGGGGCUCUGAGGGAAGGCCCCCCGCCAGGGCUAAGUCGGACGCGGUGGAAGGCUAAGGUGGCACGGUGUUCAGGGCCAGUGGCAGGGCAGGGGGGCGACUGCCCUCCUGUCAUCUUCCUGCCUCCUGACCUCGGGGGUCUUGAGAGAGGGGACCAGAAGUGGAUGCGUGGGAGACUCUUCCCUGUCCAAGCCCUGGUGGCUCAGGGGUCAGGCCUGUGACCUCAAAAACCGUCACUCCUCAUGGUGAGAGGGGACCCUGACCCUCCCGCCCUCCAAGCGAGCUGUGCCAGGAGGUGCCGCGGAGGGUGCAGGAUGGUAACUGGGUGGCCGGGGCGGGUGGGAAGGAGCCGCAGGAGCUCCUGGUGGCCCGCGGGAGCUGCUGUGUGAAAGGCAUGCCGGGAGGUCUCCAGCUCUGUAAAUAGUUGCAUUUGGGUCCAGGCGGAAGCGGGGACGCCAGGAAAGGAGGGUGUGGAGAACAGCAUCCAGCUGAGAGGUGGCCCAGGGUCCUCCGAAGUGCUGGGCCAGGAGCCGGGGACCUCUAGCCGCCUCCCCUCAGGGCCCCAGAGGCUCCUGAGCUGACAUAGGCGGGGGCCUGGGGAAGCCAGGGGAGUCCUUUCAGUUCUGAACCUGGCGUUGAUGUCCCUUCUUACUUUUUAUCUUUCCGUCUAGUGGGCUCCCACUUGGUCCUCCCAAGGCCAGGAGUCCAAUACUCAGGGUGGGAUGGGACAUCAGCCAGCCGAGUAGGUCAGACAUAGGGGUGCCCCACACCCCUUCCUGCCGGAAUCCCCAGCCCCAGCUCUCCACUGUCUCAGGUGGAGUUACCCUUGUACCCCUUCUUGGUGUUGGCUAGGGGCCAGAAAAGAGCCCCGAGGCUGCCCUGGGCCCCAGAGGGCCAUUACGACCAGUUCUAUGCCAUCUCCUGCCUCUUAGUGUGCCCCACCGGGGCAGGAGAUGUAUUCAUUAAAGUAGAUUCUAAGCUGCUGUAAAGGAAAGACCCCGAAAUACAGUGGUUUCAGCAAGACAGAAGCUUGUGUCUAAUGUAACUGUCUGGAGGGAGAUGGUCUGGAUCGAGUAGGGCAGCUCUGCUUCCUCAGACACACCUUCCAGCUCUGGACAGAGUGGUUGCUCCAGUUCCACCAUCACGUGCAUCCGAGCCCGGGGGGAGCAGAGGGAAGCACGGAAACACACACCCUUUCCUGUCAACGGCAUGAGCCAGAGAUGGCAAAGCUGCUGCUGACCGCAGCAUGCUGGUCAGGACUUAGUCACAUGACCGCAGUAGCUGCAAGGGAAGCUGGGCCUCCAUGUGCCCAGCCUCAGCCUAGUUCUCUUCUUACAGGAAGGUGGGGAGGGUGGAUACAGGGACCAGGAGCGUCUCUGGCACAGGGGGAGGGAAAGCGAGGGUAGAAAUGACUGUCGGAGUCAUAAGAUCCUCCUCUCACAUUGGAGCUCCUGGAACAACCUGCUCCUGCCCCCCUCACUGCCAGCGCAGGGCCGGGGUGCAGUGAGAGCCUGCCGUCAUGGGGAGGAGGGGAGACCCCUCUCCAAGGCCCCGUUGGAUGCUCACCAGGGAUGCCAGGAGGCAGAGGCUGCCUGUGGAACGGUACAUGUUGGUGCGCGUGUGUGUAUUUAUGGGCAUGGGUGCAUGCUGUGUGUACUUGUAUGUGUCUGUGUCGGUGUGUCCCUGUACAUAGAUGCUUGUGUGUGGAUGUGGGAGCAGGGCCCAGGCGCUUCCCGGGAUCUAGAGCCUGUGGCCAUACCUCCUGCAGCUCCCCAAAAUGACUGAGGCAGAAAGCCUGUGGGGAGCCUGGAAACCAAGGCUGAAGGGGAUGCAGGGUCCGUCUGUCUGUCUGUCUUUCAGUCCAAGAGAUGAGAAUCCUCCUGACCUGAGGGCUGUGCAGCUGAGCGCCCACUACCUCCAGCCGCUCUUGGCCCCAACCACAUCUUUCCCCCCAGUCCCCUCUGGCCUCCAGCAGGGACUUUGGCUGGCUGUCUCCUGAUGGGCCAGGGAGGAGGGUGCCCCCUUUGCCACAGCUCUGUCUGGGGAAGUGCCCGGUGUGGGUGUGGUCUGGGGGCAGCCUCUGGUGGGCAGGAAUGAAGAAGGCUGAGGGGGCUCUAUUUCCUCCCUCCUCCCUCGGAGUUAUAGCAGCCCCCUCUCUGAUCCCGCGUGGGGCUGAGAGGUGGCUCAAGAAGUCAGCAGCCACUGCUCACCCCUGGACAGGCCGUCUCAGGGCUCCUGAGUCAUGCCUGAGCCCCAGCCCAGAAACCUCCCUCCUCGCCAGCUUCCUCACCCCACGGCCCUGGCUCCCUCCUGCUACUGCGGAUGCCCCUUCCCAGGCUGGCCUCCCCUCACCAGCUCAGGGGCAGGGGGAGAAGACAUAGCUCAGACCAGCCAAGCCCUGCCUUUCCGUAGACCCUGGCAAGUGGAGGCCUGGCCAUUGGGUGGAGAUGGCAGCUGUCAGAGGGGUGGGGGCCGGAGCAUGGGGUUGAAGAGUUCUGCAUAUAAUCACAUCAUACACUGGGAAUUUGGGGGGUCAGGGGUGCCCUGGGCCAUUCCCCCAAUGUGAAGGGAAACCGAACUGUGAAUGUGAACACUGGUGCACCACUGGCCCUGUCAGCAUAUCCAGACAGCCUUCCCUGGAAACACCUGCCCUAUGACUCCAGGAGGCCCAGCCCACCCCAGCUCAUGUCCGUUCCCAAGGACAGGUGCGGGGAGCUUUGGGGACACAGGUGACAAUUGGCAUGGGGAGACAGGACUUGCCCAAGCAGGUAGCAGGGCCCUAGGAAAGGUAUAAUUUAAGGACACCAUUAUUUUUUUUGUAAGGGAAAAUCAAUAUGUACAUUCUGAAAUCAUUUUCUCUGUAAAUGGUUGGAUUUCAUUUCACCCUUAAAGGGAUGUUGAAGAUAAUAUUAAUAAUAAAAACACCUACAAAGCCUG